UAUAAUUACCACUGCCAUCACUCACUGCAUGACAUCGAGCUACUACCUCUUUCCGAAGACUUCCAGAGUAGACUCGAACUCGAUCAAAUUACAUCAUAUGACGUCGAAAGGGACGAUGACCAACGUUUAUUAAACGACGAGGUUGGUCAAAGCAACCAGAAACUAAGUAUACUCCAGUUUGAAGGCUGGAAAGGCUCCAUGUUUUGGGCCUUUGUUGCGAGUUUGGUCGUUCUGGUUUUCAACAUAGGGUUUCUGCUCUAUACGGCACAUCGCAAAGACACAGUUUUGUUUAAAGGCGAUUGUGAAAAGGUGCAUAAUAUCAGUAUUGGUUUCCAUCUGCUGAUUAACAUACUGGGCACUGCUGUUUUAGGUGCUAGUAACUUCGGGAUGCAAUGUUUAUCUGCCCCCACAAGAAACGCUGUAGAUAACGCACAUCGACAGGGUAAAUGGCUCGAUAUCGGAGUGCAUAGUAUUCGAAAUUUGCUGAAGGGACCUAAAAGGCACUCUCUCUUAUGGCUAUGCCUAGCGCUCUCUUCGCUUCCUUUUCAUAUGUUGUAUUAUAAGGUUGACCACUUAAUAAUGAUAGGUACAACUCUGCUGUUUACCAAACAACAGCAUCAUGGGCUUAUCCAGUAUUCGCUGGUUCUGGGUCUUUUGCACAAACUGAUUGGAAAGACAUACAUCCCAUGGAGGGGACCUGGGGCGUGCAAACUCAUGAUUGGGAAAACUCAUUAA